UUUAACAUCAUUCCGGCGCUUCUGGUUUGACGAUGUGGCACUUGUAAACGUCGACAGGCGAUGAGCUGCUGCGUAUGCGCCUGAUAAAAUGCUGCUGUCUGCUUCGCCAUCGCUACGUUUCUCCGACAAGCAACAACUGUCUGACGUUCUCGUGAUAACGCUUGUUUAUCUCGUUUUAAACUUCUGAAGUUGGUUGUGCGCGAUCGUCCUUGAAAGUUGAUCGAGGGAGCAUGUCCAAAUUAUAUUAUCCCAUCACAGCGUGCCUUCAAAAGACGGAGAAAGAAAACAGUGAUUCUGUGGCAGUUGACAUGAGUGGGCAAGACCAGCAAGGGCAGUCUGCAAGCUUCACAACACGUGGCAGCCAGGAGUGCAGCAGUAGUGCAGAUGCCAGUAGUCAAGGUUGGAUUCAGCGUGUCUCAUCUGGUGUCUACAACGCAGGCGUCAGUGGUGCCAAGCUGGUUGCGUCAACAACGUACAGCGUUGGUAGCGGUGUAGUGAGUGCGGGUUCUAAUGUCGCACGCAAAUUCGUACGAAAACCAAAAGACAAAAAUGAAUAACGGAAUGGAUAUCAGGAAGGAAGGACUACAUGAGGGAUGCAAGUGGCCUCAGGCAAUUUUUAUCCUUGUACGAUAUUGUUAAAAAUUGGUUCGCAGCAA